AUUAAUACUCAGCCCAAUCCAAGCCCAGUGCCAAAUCAUUCCACUCAGCAAAUCUGCGGCCUCUUGUGGGAAGCGGAAGUGCGGAACUGCGAAGACGACGAGGGAGUAGCGGAAUUUGCAAAAAAAAAAAGAGGGAGUUGCGGAGCUGAGAGAAGACAGUCACCAGUCGACCUGCGACCACAAGCCGCGCCACCGCCCGCCGUCCACGUGUGACGCGUCCAGGCCCCUGCUUUGGCAUCUUCCUUCUCAGGUUGUCCGACUCUGUCCUGCAUGCUCUCUGCGGCUCUGCCUCUAGUUCCAGACUUCCAGGCUUUCCCUCACAAAUAGAGGCGGAUAUGAAGAGGGGUCUCCAAAUUUCAUUGAACAAAACCCAGAAGAUUAGGCUGGAGAGAGCAGUGGAACUGUUGGAGUCAUUCUCAUCAAAAACCAACUCCAAUGCCUCAGUAACUGUUUCUGAUGUCAUUCCCAUCGACUGCGACGAUGGUGUUCUCAAGGGACAUGGAACGACUGAGAUGGACGGCCAUAUUGUGGCAACCCUAUGUGGAGUUGUUGAACGGGUCAAUAAACUUGUCUAUGUGAGAUCUUUGAGGGCCAGGUACAAGCCAGAAGUAGGUGACAUCAUCGUUGGUAGAGUGAUUGAGGUUGUUUCAAAGAGGUGGAGGUUAGAAAUAAACUCUACCCAAGAUGCUGUGUUGAUGCUUUCAUCUAUGAACUUGCCAGAUGGCCUCCAGAGACGACGAACUGCAGUUGAUGAACUAAACAUGAGAAGCUUCUUUGAGGAGAAUGAUGUUGUCUGUGCUGAAGUGCGUGGUUUCCAGCGUGAUGGUAGCCUGCAACUACAAGCUAGAAGCCAAAAGUAUGGAAAGCUCGAAAAGGGUCAGCUACUUAUAGUUUCUCCCUAUCUAGUUAAGAAGCGGAAACAGCAUUUCCAUCAUCUGGACCAGUAUGGGAUCGACUUGAUACUUGGCUGUAAUGGCUUCAUUUGGGUAGGGGAACAUGUUGAUCUAAAAGAUGACACAUCAGAAGAACAAUUAGCAAGCGAAACUAUGCAACCAAACACGAGCAAAUCUAGCACUCUGAUGGUCGUUGAUGAAGAAGAUGGCCAAGAGGAGAAGUUCACUGCCCAGCAAAUCAGGGCGUACAUAUGCAGAAUAGCAAAUGCCGUUAGAGUGUUGUCUCAUUUAGGGUUCAUGAUAACUGUGGAGGUGCUGUUGGAGAUGGUUGGUUGGAGUGAGUCGUUGAAUUUUGCUGUGCAUGAGAUGCUUGAUGCAGAGUUCUAUGUAUUAGUUGCUGAGAAGGAAGCCGAAAGGCGAAGCAAGGUUGUCAAGAAAAGAUGAUUUUGCUGUGUUCAUUAUUCUCUUUGGAUGUUGUUAGGAUGGUUCAAAGACGAGGUUUUUGAAUGCUUGGUUAUGAUGAUUUUAAAGUUGGACCUGAAGCUCUAAGGCUGGCUCAUCUAUUCUCAUUUUAGCUUGGUGUAUUUAUUUACGUUUGAAAAUGUUGUUGUUUUCAAUUACGAUUUACGAAUUACAAAAUGGCUUUCCGAUAGUUUUUAUGUUAUUUUUAUUGAGAAGGCAACUCUAUGAGUAUUUUUUUUUGUUUUAGCUUUUUAAAACUAUUCGAUC